AUGGCUGUCGCCUGGGCCCACUGCACCUCGCUGGCUAUGUGCGUGUGGGGUCGGCUCAUCGACGGCGUUUGCGAAUCCAGUCCCCACACUAAAUCCGCUUCGGUCAAGAUCAGCCAGGAUGGCACGCAGCUCCGACGCCGAGCCGUCGAGGGACUCGUACACCACACUCCGAGUGGAAUCGUUCACGGAUACGUCGACAUCUCCCAGUUGACCACGGAACCACAUCUCGUCGAACACAAUGACCGAUCCAUUUGGGUCUCCAAGACCGUCUCGGGUCGAAUUCAGGCAUACGCUCCCUUCGACUCAACCAGUCCGGCCAAACGCAAUCUGGACGAUCCGGGAGAGGUCAACGGCGUCUACCUUUACUAUGACACCAUGGACACCCAAGGUGCCGACGACACCAAUCUGUCCGACAUCGCAAACCAGUUCGCGAAUCAGAUGGUCGACCAACAGCUCAGUUCGCUGUGCAUUACCAUCAUCAACAGCAACUAUCGCCAGGAGAUGAUUGGGACACUUGAUCUGUAUGGUAAAGAUGGGAGCGUGGAUGGAAACCGUUGCAAUACGCCCCAAUGA